AUGUCUGCUAGCGCAUUAUCAUCAAUACUUAACAAACACACUUUAACUGGCAAGAAUUUUACCGAUUGGAAAAGGAACCUAAAGAUCAUCAUAACCUUUGAGAAAUUGAAUUUCGUACUAAACACCCUUUGUCCUCCUGAACCACCUGUUGAUGCUCCUAAUGAGGUUUCUCUAGCGUAUCAACGAUGGAAGGACUAUGACGAUAUGGCUCACUGUUACAUGAUGGCAAGCAUGUCUGCUAUGCUUCAAGCGCAACAUGAAGAUUACACAACUACUCGUCAGAUUAUGGAUAAUCUUGAGGACAUGUUCAGUAGUCAAGCCGCUAAAAAACGUCGGGAAGCCCUGAGUAACCUCAUCAAUUGUAGACAGAAGGCAGGGUCUUCCAUAAAGGAAUAUAUGUUGAAGGUGAUAAGCUAUUUGGCUGAUGCUCAGACCAAUAGGGCUGACAUCGAUGCUGAGUCUCAAUUGACCAUGAUCUUUGAGACUUUUUUGAAGGAGUAUAUUCCAUUUAGGAUGAUCAAGGGAUCAACUAUUAUGGAGACCAACUUGGCUGAGGCAUCUUCCUCCAAACCCUCUAUAGGGAAUGGAAAGAAGAAGCAAGGAGCCAAGAAAGAGAGUUCUUCAGUUCCGCCAAACAAGGACAAGAACAAGAAGAAGAAGAAGAACCCGAACAAGCUCAAAUGCUUUCAUUGUGGGAAAGUGGGGUACAUGAAGAAAAUUGCAAGGACUACCUAG